AUGCCCCUUUCUAAACACAUUGACACUGAGCAAUUGGAACAAAGGCUCUUGAAGUUGUCUACAAAGACCCCUGUAGCUGCAAAUGACGAGUACAUCUUCAACUACACCUCCAACAACCCCGUGCCCAAAUAUGAGAUUCCAACCACUUCUUCCAACAAGGACUUGGUGCUUAAGUACAUCGAGGAGGAAUUGAGUCUUGACGGUUUGCCCACGUUGAACAUGGCGUCGUUUGUCAAUACGGAGAUCGAGCCUACCCCAUUAAAGUUGAUCACUGACAACAUCACCAAAAACUUGGCUGAUAACGAUGAGUACCCUUCAAUGCUCGAGCACCAGGCUCGUUGUAUCAGCAUCUUGUCUUCUUUGUGGCAUGCACCAAAAAACAAGAAUGGCAAGGUUGACACUAUUGGUACUUCCACCACCGGUUCUUCGGAGGCUAUUAUGAUGGCAGGCUUGGCUUUGAAGAAGAGAUGGCAGGAGAAGAGAAAAGCCGAGGGCAAAUCUACCGAGAACCCAAACAUCAUCAUGUCUUCCAUAGCCCAGGUGGCCUUGGAAAAAUUUGCCAGGUACUUCGAUGUGGAAAACAGAACCAUACAUGUUAAUGAGGGCUCGGAUCACGUCAUCGAUGUGGAGAAGAUUAAGGAAAACAUUGACGAAAACACGAUUGGUAUUUUUGUGAUCUUGGGUUCUACUUUUACGGGGAACUUUGAGCCAGUGCAGAAGAUUAACAACUUAUUGGACGAGGUAGAGAAGGAGACUGGCCUCGACAUCAAGAUCCACGUUGACGGAGCUUCUGGUGGCUUUGUUGCACCAUUCGUGUACCCACACUUGAAAUGGGACUUUGCAGUUCCUCGUGUUGUUUCCAUCAACACUUCGGGCCACAAGUUCGGUUUGACCACAGCUGGUUUGGGUUGGAUCAUUUGGAAGCACAACGAGUACUUGCCUGAGCUGUUGCGGUUCAAAUUGGACUAUUUGGGUGGAGUCGAGGAGACAUUCAAUUUAAACUUCUCCAGACCCGGGUUCCCUGUGUUGCACCAGUACUACAACUUCUUGGCUUUCGGAAGAGAGGGCUACACGAAGAUAUUUGACAGCUGCAUCCAGAACGCGCGUUUGUUGUCGAACUUUUUGGAGAGUUCCAAGUACUACGAGGUGCUCUCUGUCAUCCACAAGCCAUUGGCAGAGGCCGACUCAAAGAGCCUCUUCACCCUCCCUUGCGAGCUUCCAUCAGACUUGAAGAAUGUCGCUCAGAACAACCAGAAAUUCCGUCCAGGCUUGCCUGUGGUGGCAUUCAGAUUUUCCGAAGAGUUCAGAAAGCAGUACCAUGGAGUACCUCAGGCAAUGAUCUCUGUGCUCUUGAGAAAGAAGGGAUUCAUCGUGCCUAACUACAACUUGAGUCCUGACGAGCAAGACAAGGAAAUCUUGAGAGUAGUGGUGCGUCCUUCGUGCAACCUCAACUUGUUGGAGAAGCUCAUCCAGGGAAUUACUGAGGCUACUGAGUUGCUCAUCAAGGCGUACGAUGGAGUGGUUCAAGUUGUCAGUGCCCAAAAUACUGCGAGCGAAGAGGAGAGAAGAGCCGUUAUCCAUGACUUGUUGCUCAGUAUCGCUUCUGACGGAGUCAACGAUAAGAAAAAAGAGCAGGCCAAAGUGUUGGAUAAGAAAGGCACUGGCCACCACAAGCACAAGAGGUCGUACAGAGGCGCUUGCUAA